AACGCAGGUCUGAAAACAGUGAGACAACGUGAACUCGAGGAAACAUGCCGCUCUGUUCUUAUCGCAGCCUCUGUCUCUGAACGGAGUCGCACAUGUGAAGUAUGAGGUCAUAUGCGCACUUUGUAACACGGUGACGUCACGUUUCAAAUGAUGCGUGACUGUAAGAUCUGAUGUCUGACUGUCAAGGGUAUCGUUGCCGGUCGGACUGGACAGACCAGUCGGUGACAAGAGUCCCCUGCUGUCCUGUGACGCUCCCUGCUCUGCAGCCGCUCUAUAAGACGGCCACGCUGGCCUGCAGAUCCAUCACUGGACCGAACUCCUUCUUCCUCACAGGACGGUAAGAAGCUGCAUUCAUGUCUACAAGUAUGGCCACCACCCAGCCCAGGCCCGUCAUCCAGACCAUGACAUCCAACGGAUGGACCUCUGGCAUCUGUGAUUGCUUCCAAGACCUGCCCCAGUGCUGCUUGGCCUUUUGGUGCCCUCCUUGUUUCGCCUGUAAGACGUCGUAUGAGGCCGGGGAGUGCGUAUGUUUACCUCUGCUGGACGCUUUUGGACUCAUCCCUCCAAUGACCACAUCCCUCAGGGUGUCCAUACGCCAUCGCUAUGGCAUUGAGGGGACAGUCUGCAAGGACUGCGUCUACGCCUGCUGCUGCGGGCCCUGCACCUGGUGCCAAAUUGCAAGAGAGAUGAAAGCGAGGGCGCACCCCAUUACCUUCAUCAACAUGACGUCCCGAUGAGAACACAGAUUACAUUUAUAACCAUGUCACCAUUAAUAACAUCAACGUCUGCUUCUUGGACUCACUUCGUCAUCACCAGCAUCGGGUCCUUCAUGCUAUCUGGAAAAGGACAGGGCUACUUCGACUGAUUUGUGAUCUGCUUCAAGCACGUCUACGCCGGGGGAAUGCUGCCCGGCGGCUGAUGAACCAUCAGCGAACACAGGGUCAUAAACAUUGCAUCACCUAAUGACAGAAGGAAGAGAUAAGCCGACACUCUGUGACUUCCACCAUCAGAGGUGAAUGAGAGCUAGCCUAAUGACAACAGCCCUGUACUGAUGGUAAUUCUGGCUCAACUGUGAUGUCUGAACUGUUCCACCAUUUUGGUCCAGACUGGGAUUUCUCAACAACUAUUAGAUGGAAAUUUGUUACAUAAAUUCAUGAUCCCCAGGGGACGAAUACUGACGACAUGGAAAUGCGUCGAUGAAGAUUUUUAGGCCUCAAAUGUUUGUUGAUCCGAUGUCAUCUGGUUUAAUGUUUUAGAAUUUACAAUGUUUAUUGACCCAAUACCUACUAAUCAACUGACGCCCGAACCGAAUGUUAGCAUAGCAUGAUAGCAUUUAGCUCACUCGUAGCAGCACUGUGCCUAAAUAGAACUUCUUCACAGCAGCCAUUUUGGCACUAAACAGCAGGGUAAACACAAGUCCACCAAUGAUACUAAUUAAGACUAGAAAGUCUCCAACACACUAAAUUGAAUGGAACCAUCAUUAAGUGUCAUCAAUUAAACCUGUGCUUACUUUCGAUUUGAUGUCAAUAUUUUGGAGUGAAAAAGGUCUUCAGAGCUUAGCAGAACAUUUAACAUGGCUGUAGACUCUUUGCCUGUAAACUUUUUAUUAUGAAGGUGUGCAUCGCUCUCUUGUGUCAUCUGGUUAUAUUGUAUUACAUGUAAAUUGCACAGAAAUUGUCAAUGGAUGUUGCUUUGCAGAUCCAUUUGCGCUUUUAAUAUUUUUGAUCACUGAUCCUUCACCUUUAUGUUCUUAAAUUCCUCAGUCUGCCUUAAUCAUUGUAUCUAUAUUGCAAAUUCAUAUCAAAGAAUUGAGCAUUUAAACAAUGGCUUUGAGAGUCCUCGCAAUAAAACUCUUAU